CUUGUCUCGACGGAAGAUGAAAAAGAAAGACGACGGCGGAGCUUCCUCCGAAGGGGCCGCGCUGUGAGCACGUAACGCAGAGCUCUGCGUAAAUACGAAGCAUCCCCGGCUGAUCGUGCAUGGCCGUUAUGGCACGGUACACGAUUAAGGAGGCGCUCUUCCGCGAAGUACGUGCUUAACUUCCAGCGCCGCUCCAGGAGGGAGGGAGGACGUCCACCUGAAGUAAGUGGAAUCUACGCAGGCGCGAAAUAAAGGCGUGCAGUGCAGAGCCGAGCCCGACGGCACAUCCACCAUGAGUCGAGGCAGCCGAACUGCUACGCAGCGCCUGCGACUCGAGUACUCCAAGCUGCUCCGCGAGCCGGUGCCGUACGUGUCGGCCCACCCGUUGCCGGCCGACAUCCUCGAAUGGCACUUCGCCGUCAAGGGGCCCGAGAAGACCCCGCUAGAGGGCGGCGUCUACCACGGCAAGCUGCGCUUCCCCGUCGACUUCCCCUUCUCGCCGCCCUCCAUCUACCUGAUCACGCCCAACGGACGCUUCCAGUGCAACACCCGCCUGUGCCUCAGCAUAUCCGACUACCACCCGGAGUCCUGGAACCCGUCGUGGUCCAUGUCCUCCAUCCUGACCGGGCUGCUCAGCUUCAUGGUGGACGAGACGCCCACGCUCGGAAGCCUGGACACCACGGUCGAGCAGAAGCAGAAGCUGGCCCGCGAGAGCUUGCGCUUCAACCUGGAGGACAACGUGUUCUGCGAGCUCUUCCCCGAAGUCGUCAAGGAAACGCGCGCAGUCCUGGCCGCCGAUGCGGCCGUCAAGGGGGACUGCCCGCAGGUUCCCUGAGGCGCGGCAGCGUCAACUGCAUGGGCUCCCGCACCGCCAUGCGCUCCUAACCUCCUCUUUCUAAGUCCACAUAGCGUACAGGCUACAAAGCUAGUCUCCUUGAACUGAGGUCUUCGUUAGACGUGGGCCCAAGCUUCAAGAUGCUCCACGAAGAAAGGAGUGUUCGCGAACAAUGCAUAAUGCGAGUUCGUAACACGUUGACGCAUGCAAGAAGAAAGCCGUUGGCCUUUGCCUUACUUCGCACCGCACGUCGCUCUAGGAGUUCGUCGCAGUGUGCAGAUGCAUUAUUUGCGAAACGAAACGACUGCUGCGUAGGUCCUCUCGUCGCGAAUCCCGGUGCGCGGUGCACUGAACACGACUUCGCUUCGAAACUUUUCAGGAGGUUAAGGAAAUUAUGCAAUAAAAUGUACCAAGUGCGGGAA